AUGUCGCUGAACGGGUCCACGGCGACACAACGCCAGCCGGCGCCUCGCGACAGCGGGCAUUCGUAUUCCUCGAGGCAGCAGCAGGCCAAGAACCAGCCAGACCUGUCUGGCCGCUUGGUCUAUGCGGAUCCACGCAGCCUGCCCUCGUUUCCCUCGGUCGGCGUCAAGCUGGACAGCACCAGCACCGCCGCCCUGACUGCUUCCAAGGUCAAGAGCCCGCCGGCCAUUUUCAGCAACAGCGGGUCCGUUCACUCGGCAUCCCUGAAAGCGGCCACCCAGGCGGCUGCCGCGGCCAGUGCUGCUCUGGUCUCCGCGAAACCCGCCGGCGCAAAGUCGCCGUCGGCACCUGAAAGUCGGUCGCGGAACGCCUCGCAAUUUCAGCCAACAAACGCCGAUUCUACGGAGCUUCCGUCUCCCACGCUACAAGAAGAUAGCACGGCCACCGCGAGCAACGUCAACACCAACACCAACACCAACAUGGCGACCAAGCCGUCCGGAAAAUCGUCCGAAGGCUGGGGCAACUCCGCGGCCAAUCAGGCCUUCCGCAAAAGCCAGAUUCUCUCUGCCAAGCGAGCUUCCGCCCCUCCCGAGAAACCGAUUCCCGAAAUUGCCGCUCUCGGUUACCAGCCGUCUCUGCGUGCGGCCAAGGGCGCCAUGAAGCAGGCGUCCCACACGGACGCCAAGUCCACGCCCGGCCUUGCCUCUAGCGCUGCCGCCACGUCUCUUUCUGGUGCGGCCUCGACCGCUGCUGGGGACAACUCGGCCCACUCUACGUCAAUGCGGACGCGCAGCCGGGCUCAGUCUAGCCCACUAACGUUGCGCCAACAGAAGAGCAUGUCGUCGCACUUCCCCGACAACACUGCAUCGUACUCUCUGGUCAGCAGCCCUCCAGACCCCAAGGUUUCGGCCGCCAAUGCUCUUAGUGCCGCAACCAUCGCCCACAGCGCUUCGGCCAGGUCGCGCGGUUCGGCUAGCAACCGCGCCAGCUAUGUAGGCGACGGUGGUUCCGUGCCCUACACAAACCUGGGCCGCCAGAUGUACACUUCGCACCCCCCUGUUGGCCCUGAAACGGAGGACCAGAAGCACACCGACGGCCUCCACGCCUCGGCCGUCGCCCUGGCCAAGAAAAUGUACAGCCCCGGCGUCGAGGGCGGGGUUUCGGGCGCCGGUGCCGGCGGCUCCUCUGUUCCCAACGUGCAGGAGCAGGCAUACAAGCUCGCCCAGGAGCGCCUCGAGAAACUCCACGAGCUGCACGGCAAGGACCGCGAGUACCGCGACCACUACAUGGACCCGAGCCUUGGUGCCUCGGCUGGUGGCGAGACGUCGCGCCGUCUGACCAUGCGUGGCCGUCUCCGGCGUCGCCGCUCGUCUAGUGACGGUGACAUCAAUUCCGACCACCUGCGUCCGCAGGAGAUCCGCAACCAGAUGUCUCUCUUGUCAAGCCGCAUCUCCGACGUGGAGGACAAGAGACGCCGCGACCGCCAGAACGUUCUCUUGGCCGCGCAACGCAAUGUCAAGUCACAGCUGCAGGACAUUGACGAGCAGGUCUAUGCCAACUCGGGCAGAUUGCCUCCGUCGGUCAUGUCGAAGAUUGAGCCCAAGAUCAACUCCAUGGCGCAGGAACGCGCGGACGCAUAUAUCAGCAACUACCCGCGUUCGGACCAGGUCGAUGUUGGCGGUGGCAAGUUCAUAAACCGCACCGACGUGGACAGGCUUGCCACUCGCCGCGUGCAACCCGUCAUCGAUGACAUGCACGAGAAGGCCCAAGCAGAGCAUGACCGCCAGGCCAAGCUGCGCGAGAAAGACGAAGAGCGCAAGGCCGAAGCAGCCAUAAUCGACGCUCGCGGCAAGGAUAUGAAGGCCAUGUACCGCCAGUUGAAGAAGGACGAAAAGGCCCGCAAGGCUGAAGAGAAAACUGCCAAGAGACAUAGCAAAAUCCUUGGCAUUCCCAUUGGCUUUGGUCUUGGUACGGGUGCUGCUGCCGCGAGCACCACCGGCGACAAUGCCGGCAACCGUACUGACAAGGCAAGCAACGUCGUCAACGGCAAGGGUAAGCACAGUGCCGAGGACGAUGCUGCUGAAACCGCCCGCCAUGGCACGGGGGAAGAUGUGAUGACGGCUCCGGACACGUCCAGUGCUGCCAGUGACUUCCACUCCAACGAUGUUUCGUCCCUGAGCAGUCCGACUAGCCCGGUCCCCAGAAGUGCCGGAACCGGUACCGGUAUCGGCGCCGGUGCCGCUGCCACGGGUGCGGCUGUGGGUGUGGGUUCUCGUGCGACAAAACCGUCUGUUCCUACGACUACGGCUGCCGCUGAUAUCACCAACUCAUCUUCGCUUGCCACAGCUCCUGUGACGCAGCCCGUCACCAAGGCUCCCGCUGCUCGUGAUGCGUCGUCAGGUGCGGCGCCCAGUGCAGGCGCAAUGACGACGCCGGCGACCCAUGAGACGGCGGAUCGCAGCGGCGCUCCCCUGGAAAAGAGCGGCAGUAACACCAGCCGGAGACUUUCCAGGCUGUUCGUCAAGACGCCCAAGGACAGCAACGUCGAGCGUACGAACCCAGAGAGCAGCGGCAACGUCCCGUCCAAGAUUUCCGGUAGCGCCGUCGCUGGCACUGCCGGUGCGGUUGGCGCUGCCGGUGCUGUCGGUGCUGGUGUUGGAUCCCAGUCCAAGUCUGUCGCCCCUGGCACCACCAACGGUGUCAGCUCCGGCCCUGCGUCUGCUGCCCCUGCUGCCCCUACUACUUCUAGCACUGCACCCGGCGCACGUGUUGGUACCGGUGUCGGUGCACCUAUUUCGUCGGCGUCAGACAAGGCUUCGACACCAAAGUCGCCCGUGUCACCUUUGUCCGACGAGUCAGCAUCGUCACCCAACUCCAACAGCAAGGUCAAGUCUUGGCUGAAGUCGCGCUUCUCGCGCGAUCCGUCCAAGUCGUCGGCUUCCGCAAGCAAUGACCCUGCCGCAUCCACCUCGGGUAAGGCUGCGGCCACGGGCACUGGUGUCUCGACGGCGUCGACGGCAGGCUCAGCAGGCCCUGCACCCUCCAAAGACCUGGGUUCAUCUGCCGUCGGAUCCGAUUCGCAGCGGCCCGACGCUGAGCGGACGUUUAUUGGGGGCCACACACUGACAUCUUCGGAUAAUAAGGACCGCGUCGGAAGCGGCUCCCUGACCAUUCCUCUCAUUGCUGGCGGCACCCUUGUCGCCGCAGGUGGUGCGACGGCUGCUGGUCUUGCUUCGUCUAAAGGUGACGCUCCGGCCUCUGGCCAGGGGAAGGAGACCCUUGGUGAGCAGCCGGGCAACAGCCCCAACCGUGUGAACCAGGCGUACUACACUCCCACAGGCAGCGAGGGCCCGAGCGCGACUCAACCUGGUGACCGUGCCGCGGAUCUCAAGGAGCAGGGUGCCCCGAGCAAGUCGGGUCUCCCUGACUCGAAGGAGCUCACGGGUAUCACGGCACCCAAGGACUCGUACGAGAAGGACGCCGCUGCGCUGGCUCCGGCCCAAUCCGGCACUGAUGCCGCGUCCAAGGGUCAGUAUGGCAGCGGCUUUGGGAAACUGGGUCCUCUGACACCCAUGACCAUGGGUCCUGCUGAGGGCGCAAAGACUACCGGCACCACUGGUACCUCUGGUUCGUCCGGCCUUGCUGGCACCGCCGGUGUGGUUGGUGCUGCCGGUGCUGCCGGUGCUAUUGGUACUGCCGGUGCUGCCGGUGCCGCCGCAUCCACCAAUCGUUCGAGCAACACGGGCGCACUCAACACUCCCAGCGCGGAUUACACGCUUCCCGGAAAUCGGACCAGCUAUGCCAGCAGCCACUACAGCAACGAUGCAGGUGUUCCCGGUGUGGCCGGUAGUGGUUUCGGCCUCAUCGGGCACAACAUUUUUGCCAACUACAGCGGCGCUUCGCCUGCUGCUGGCAAGCCGAAAACAUCCGAGACCGCCGGAACUUCCGGGGCUGCCGCGGCCACUGACAAUGUCGGUGGAGCGAACGACAAGGGUAACACAUUUGUGUCCGUCCCGCCCCCAGCCAGCGACUCGGGCGUAAACGUAGCCGCGUUCACGCCGCCCAGGGCCGUCACCAACCCGGCCGAGAAGAGCGCAAGCCCUGUUCGUGAUUCGCGCUUCCUUGAAAACCUCGAGGAGUACUCGUAG